GGUUGAUAUAACAGAUUUGUGCCAUGUGGACCAGGGACUGGUUUCACAGUGAAUCAUUUCUAUAUAAUCGGGAUGUACUGCUUGCCAGUCUAUCAUGUUCUUCAUAUCGCCGGGUGGAAUGAGUAAUCAUUCCAGCGCCGAAAGAAGCCAGAUUAAGCGACCCCGGGCAAGAUAACCUUUCCAACAAAAGCGGGGGUUUUAAUUAAUGUCUUCAGCAGCAACAAACACACAACAACAAUCCACCCCGUUCCCCUCCGCAACAUCAGAAACAACGGCAUCAGAUCGCUCCGCUACAGAUACACAGCAUGACCCCCAACUUUUCCAACCGCAUUAUUUCUUCUUCUAUGGCAGCCUCAGCGACCCUUCCUUCUUAGCAAAGGUGCUCAAUCGUCAAGAUAAACCGGCCGUCCGGCCAGCGAUGAUAAUGGAACACGGAAUGAGAAUGUGGGGUGAAUUUCCGGCGCUGUUGGACGGAUGUCCCGAAAAGCCGAUUUACGGGGUCGGGUAUAAGGUGCGUUCGCAGGUGGAGGAGGAUCGCUUGGCAGAGUAUGAGACGGAUAUGUAUCGGAAGAAAGGGUGUCUUAUUGAGUUUAGGGAUGGGUCGAAGGUCCCUGGGGUGACAUUUGUGUGGAAUGCGGAUCCGGGGCUCUUGAAAGAGGAGGGCUUUGAUAUGAAGGACUGGUUGUUGGAGCAGAAGGACAGUCGUGGGGAGGGUGAGGUGGGAAUAUGAAGAAUUUGGAUGUGGGUG